AUGGCCUUCACACCUCCUCAAACGUACACAGCAUACGCCUUUCUUGAACGUGGCGGGCCUUUGCGUGAAAUCCAAGUCCCUUGGAAGAACCCUGAGCCUGGCCGUGUCGUAGUCAGGGUCUUAGCCGAUCAAGUCACAAAGGACCAGUGGUUCCCUACCACUGUCUUCCCGCGUGUGCCAGGGCACGAGAUAAUUGGUGAUGUUGUGGCUAUCGGUCAGGGUGAAACCACUUGGAAGGUGGGCGACAGAGUUGGUGCAGGCUGGUUCGCUGGGUAUUGCAAAACAUGCGACCGCUGCCGCAAGGGCGAUUUCGUCACCUGUAGGACCAUGGUCGGGCAAGCUAAUGGGGUGGGGACCGACGGCGGUUAUGCGGAAUAUGCCACUGUACGCUCGGAGUCACUUGCUAAGAUACCAACGGACAUAGAUCCUGUGGAAGCAGCCCCAUUGUUAUGCGCGGGAGUCACCUGUUUCAAUGCUCUCAGAAAUAUGCAUGCUCCGAUUCCCAGUCUUGUGGCUAUCCAAGGCAUAGGCGGUCUUGGACAUCUCGCUAUACAGUUUUCUCAUCGCAUGGGAUUCCGGACCGUAGCACUGUCCUCAACUGCGGACAAGAAAGAACUAGCCAUGGAGCUUGGCGCGGACGACUUCAUCAGUGGCUCUGCAGCGGAGCAAGCGACGGCCCUCAAAGCGAUGGGAGGUGCUCACGUAAUCUUAUGCACCGCACCAGAUCCAGAAGGAAUGUCGACCCUAAUAGAUGGACUGACAUUUGACGGCCAAUUUGUCGUCCUCCCACUGGUUCCAAAGGCAAUAUCUGUCCCCAUUCUCACAAUGCUCUCCCAACGGUUGAGUAUUCGAGGAUGGCCCUAUGGUACCGGAAUGGACUGUGAAGAUACAGUAAACUUUUCGAAGCUGCACGGGAUCAAGGCGAUGGUCAAGACAUUCCCGCUGAACAAAUCCGAUGAAGCGUACGAGCAUCGUAGCACGGCCAGGUUCCGUGCUGUAAUUAUCCCAUGA